UAAUGAGCCGGGGAUCUCACAAUGAGAUUAUUUAUGCUAAUCAAGCAGAUGUCACUUCCGCCCCUUUUAUUUGCGCCAUUUUGGAUAGGGCAGUUUCAGGGCUGGAUGUGUAUUGUCUGUCAGAGAGCGGAGAACAGGCAACGCGCUGUCGGCUGCCAGACACACAUACACACACACACAUACACACACUUUGGCCAUUUAUUUGAAAGAGUGAAGACGCCGCUAGUCGCCCCCGACUAUAAGACACGCGUGUGGCCGCGGUACUUGCACACAAUGGAGGCUUUAAUUGUCUAAUGAGUCCCGGAGGCGUCCUGUUCCCGUUUGCCGACCAGAGGGAAGAAGAGAGCCCCAGUCGGCGAGGGAGAAUCGGCUUCGGAGGAUAAGACCGACGGCCGGUGCUGGUUCUCUCUCUCUCUCCCUCUCUCUGUCUCUGUCUCUCUCCCCCCGCGAAGCUACUUGUCACCUGGAGGAAUAUUGCCGACACCUCGGGAGAGCGGUGGAGGUGACACACUGCACUCGGACGGGAGCGCUUGGAUGUGAGAGCAGCCGGGCAGAAUGUUCCAGCUCCCUGUCAAUAACCUGGGCAGUCUGCGGAAAGCGAGGAGAAAUGUCAAGAAGGUCCUGGGAGACAUCGGCUUGGAGUUCUGUCGAGAUCACCUAGAGGACUAUAAAGACUUCACUCCUCCAGAGGUGUAUAUAAAGCACACUACAUGGGAAGAUGUGUGCAUGUGGGAACCAUCGCAUACCAAAGUCCAGGACUACAGAUCAAAGCCUUUCUGCUGCUCCGGCUGCCUCUUUUCAUCCAAGUACUUCUCGGCAUACAAGAGCCACUUCCGCAAUGUCCACAGCGAGGACUUUGAGAACAACAUCCUGCUCAACUGCCCCUACUGCACUUACAAUGGCAACAAAAAGACUCUGGAAACGCACAUCAAACUUUUCCACAUGCCUAACAACACUGUGCGCCAAGGCCCUGGCGGUAUGGUGGCCGGAGCCGGCGGGAUCAUGAUGAAGGACGGGGUGCUGAAGAGGACCGGGGACAGCGUGGAACAGGCGGUGUACUACUGCAAGAAGUGCACCUACAGGGACCCUUUGUACAAUGUGGUGCGAAAGCACAUCUACCGGGAACACUUCCAGCAAGUGGCCCAGCCCUACAUUGUGAAACCAGGAGAGAAGACAAACACUCAGAACGGCGGCUCAGCAGGAGCCACGGGGAAUACAGAGAGUAGUAACACAAACAAUGUUAACAGUAACCAGAUUCACUGCAAGAAGUGUCUGUUUGUUCCGAGGACCUAUGAGGCGCUUGUCCAACACGUCAUUGAGGACCACGAGAGGAUUGGCUACCAGGUGACUGCCAUGAUUGGGCAUACCAGUGUGAUAGUCCCCCGUCCUAAACCCAUCAUCAUGAUUCCCCCCAAAACUCAAGGAGAUAAGACCAUCAUUGGGAUGGGCCCUAAAGGCGCAGUAAUGGCCACGACCAGGUCGCCUAGCUCACAGCAGCUGGGUCGAGUUGUCAUCGCAUCAAAGACGGGCUUCAACUCGAGUCUCCUGUCUGGAAUGAGACAUGAUGGAGUAAGAUUAAAGGCCGGAGGUACCCAGUCGUUCUCUAUCGGUGGCCAGCAGGUGAGGGUUAGUCUACCUGGGAACGCCCAGGUUUCUGUGCCCCAGCAGUCACACGCAGCAAAGCAGCUUUUGUCUGGUGGCGGCCUGAGGAGUCCAGUUGUGGUCGGUUCCUCACUCAAAUCCAACCCCUUGGGUUCACGUGUCCAGGCGGCCGCUACUACUGUCGCCUCCGUCACAGCAAAGAAAGGCGGUUCCUCGGUCCUCGGCACAUCCUACACCCAGAAGUGGAAAAUCUGCACUAUCUGCAACGAGCUCUUCCCCGAGAACGUGUACAGUUCUCACUUUGAGAAGGAGCACAAAGCUGAGAAGGUGCCCGCUGUAGCCAACUACAUCAUGAAGAUCCACAACUUCACCAGCAAGUGUCUCUACUGCAACCGCUAUCUCCCCAGUGACACAUUGUUAAACCACAUGUUGAUCCACGGUCUGUCUUGCCCGCACUGCCGCGCAACCUUUAAUGACGUUGAAAAGAUGGUGGCCCACAUGCGGGUGUCACAUCCAGAUGAGAGCGUCGGCCCACGCACAGAUUCCCCCUUGACCUUUGACCUCACCCUGCAGCAGGGCAAUCCCAAGAACGUUCAGUUGAUUGUCACUACCUACAACAUGAGAGACGCCCCAGAGGAGUCGGUGGCGUUUCACGCUCAGAACAACAACACCUCUGUCUCAUCCUCUUUGUCUGCCUCCCUAAUAUCAGGCAAAAGGUUAAUGCCUCCGCAUCCACCCAAAACACCUUCAGGGGCCGCUGACGGUGCACCAACCAAGAGUGCCCCGCAGGCAUCUGUGCCCUACAAGAGGGAUGUGGGCAAGACCCUAUGUCCGCUCUGCUUCUCUAUCCUCAAGGGCCCAAUCUCAGACUCACUGGCCCAUCACCUGAGAGAGAGGCACCAGGUGAUUCAGACAGUCCACCCCGUAGAAAAGAAACUGACCUAUAAGUGUAUUCACUGCUUAGGAGUUUAUACCAGUAACAUGACUGCCUCCACCAUCACACUACACUUGGUGCAUUGUCGAGGUGUAGGGAAGUCCCAGAAUGGGCAGGACAGCCGAGCAGCUCAUUCUUCUCGGGUUGGCCAGGCCCAGAGCAGCGCUCUCAAACGGGCCAGCUUUGAUAGCUCUGACACUAGUGCGCCAAAACGAAGGAGGACGGGACCCCCCGGGGAAAGGGCCCACCCACGGGACAACAAUGGCCCAUCAGCAUUUGUAGAAAAUCCCGAUGAGCCCGUGGUUUUGGCUCUAGACCCCAAAGGACAUGAAAACGAGUCGUACGAGUCCAGGAAGGCAUUUCUAACGCAGUAUUUCAAUCGAGCUCCAUACCCCACGAGACGGGAGGUGGAGAAGCUGGCGGCCAGUCUGUGGCUGUGGAAGUCGGACAUCUCCAGUCACUUUGUCAACAGGAGGAGGAAAUGCAUACAGGAGUGCGAAACCCAGAGCACCAGCGUGUUGCUGGGCUUUAGUAUGCACGAGCUCAGCAAAGUGAGUCAUGAGCUGGCGUUGGUCCAGGAUGGCGUGUACGACGGCAGACACAGCAAGAGGCGGACGUCUAGUACGCACAUCGGGGUGUCCGAGCAGGCUCUGCAAAGACACAGGGAGCUUAUAGCUGCUAACGGUGGCGUGGCCCCGCCACCGAAGGAAAGGCCAGCUGGGACUGUGGAAGGCACCAGAACAACGCCAUCCGGCCCCAAAUCCAACAGUGCCAGCAGAGACCAAACCAAGACAAUCAACAGCACCAUACCACAGAAAAUGCCUCUAGACCUCUCGGAGCCCAUUGCCAUUGACUCUGACAGUGAUGAGGAAGAGCAGCAGAGGGAUAACAAUGAACGAGAGGAAGAGGUACAUCUCCAUGGUAACGAACAGCAUACUGGAGCUAAGGAGAGAACAGAGCCAAGGACAGGGGCCAAGAUUGUCUCAGAUCUAGAUGAUAUGUCAGACGACGACGAUGAUGAGGAUGAGGACGACGACGACGAAGAAGAUGAUGAUGAUGACGACGACGACGACGAUGAGGACGACGAUGAGGACGAAGGGGAGCAUGUGGAGAACGGUUUUGGGCCCGCCGAGGGCUCAGGAAGACAGGCUGCUAAAGGAAGAGACACUCUACCCAUCAUCAUUCCCAAGUUUGUACCAUCAUCUGCAAGAAGCGGGAGAGACGGGGUCCAGCUGAGCAAACAGCAGGUCUGACUGAUGAAAUCAAAAAGACUCGCAGAGUCGGAGAGACACUUCAGAUUUGAUCCACGCCAACGAAUCUGCCUCGCCUGAACCGAAGAAGCUGCCGGGCUAUCGCUUGGUAUCUGUGCAGGAGAGCGCGAUAAGGAGAGAACUCAAAACAAGCCAUCCAAUGACAUUCAAAGGCAGGACUCAACGAGCAGCUAGGAUUGAUGUAAAGAUUUGUACACAAAGUUUUAAUGUUUCCUUCCCCGAGCGGGAGGGGAGGCGCAAAGACAAACAGUGAAGUUACACCAAACAAACAAAAAGUUUUUUGCCUUCUAUAUACUUUAUUACAUUGAGAUAAGGAGUUAUUAAUGUUGAUUUGGCCACUGAGCUUGUAAACGUGGCUUAAAAAUAUUGAGUUGUUGUGAGUGAAAGCUUUUAAGCUGACCAGAUAAUCCAUCAUUUUUCAUGUAGUUAUACUGAGAUGGGUCAUGUAAAUUUGUACAGUCUUUUAGACAUGUUUGGACACAUGUUGCCGUACAUGUACCCUUAAAUAUUUGCUAUUACCUGUGUGUAAGGUAGCCUCAUAUGUUCUACAUUGGUAUGCUUAACAAUAGGUGUCGCUUUGGUGGCUGGUAUUUUCUUGUAUGUUUAAGUUUAUUUUUUAACAAAAACCUAGUUUUUUUGCAAAAUAAUAUAUCUAUAUAUAAAUGAAAUAACAGAAUUGAUUUGCUUUUAAUUUGAUUAGAUUUUAUUUUUUCAAUUUUAUCCUUUUUUUUUUUUUAAUGGUUUCUGUUCUUAAAGAAUAGUGGCACAGAUCUAUUGGAAUUCUGUCACAGUACAAAGGAGCAUUUCACCAACUACUCGCAGCCUCGACUCUGCUGCACGGUCUGUUUUCACACUUUGAACUUGAUGUUUCUUUGCCCCGCAAGACCGGACAGUAACCACCACACUGACAUCCACACAAGUGAAAGCAUUUCUUCUUUCUUUUUUUUCUUUUUUUUUUUUUCAAAAAAGAGAGUUGUGUUUAAUAUGUGUUUUUUGAAUCGUGCGUAUUUGUUUUAUGUUUUCAUUUUUCACUUAAGCAUUUAUGAACAAUAAAGUGCUGUAAUUGUGCUUCUCA